AUGACAUCCUGGCAUGAUACAAACAUAAGAUGGUUUGUGCUAGUGCUUAUUGGCAUUUACCCACUUGUAGUAUUCCUCGUAGGUGAAUUUCCAGCAUUGCUAGGAGAAUAGAUAAAAUAACACUUUCAAAUCACUUAAAAGGAAGUCAAUUAUCUAUUAUCAAUAAGAGCAUUUCCAAAUAUGAUAAUGUCAUUAAUUGGCGGUUUGAUUAUUGACACUUUUGGAGUCGGACGCUCAUACACCUUAUUUGGAGCAGUUAUAAUUUUUGGUUAAUGUAAAAAUUUAUAUUAAAGGAAAGUCUUAUGCUUUAUUUCAGUAAUUAGUGAUAAUUUUGCAAUUAUGGUAGUUGGCCGAUUAGUAUUUGGGUUGUUUGAUGAUAGCGGAUUUGUGGCUGAAAGUUACUAUAUCAAUAAGUGGUUCAAAGGGAAGGAGAAUUCUCUAGCUUUUGGGUACUAUUUUAAUUUAUUAAAGCAUCGACACAGGUCUUUGUAGAAUAGGAUCAAUAACUGGUGCAAUUAUUUAUCCAUAUAUAUACAUGUCCUAAGAUAGCGACUUAUCUAAAUGCUUGUUAAUGUGUCUUUACAUCUCUAUAUUGAGUUUUGUUUUAAUAAUUAUUUUAACUCGAAUUGACAAGUGCAGCGAUUAAAGAGAUAAAAUAACAGAUUAAAAGUUGGAAAGUGUUGAUCUUAGAUAAAUUAAGAACUUCAGUUUAGAGUUUUAUGUAGCCUUAAUCAGUUGCGCCACAACUUAUUCCAUUUUCUUUAUAUUUGGUUAUAAUUGUGUUGAAAUGUUUAAACUGUUGUAAGUAUAAUGUGAUUACCUAGAUAUAAAUUGGAUUAAAGCACUGCAAAUCUUCUAUUUAGUAUACCUCAUUACAUUUCAGCAGUGUUAACUGUCUUUGUAGGCCAUUAUGUAGAUAGAAAAGGUAGAAAUAUCGAAAUCUUGUUAUUGGGUGGUUUUUGUUAAGUGCUUGCUGCUGCUUUAUUCUAUUUAAUGCCAGAGUGUGAUACUUAUUGUGUAGCUUUGCCUGUAAUAGGGAGUAUUUUAAUUGGUAUUUUUUUUGGCACUUACUAUGCUGUUAUGUGGCCAUAUAUUCCAAAAAUUGUACCCUCAAACUUGGUUGGAACAGGAUUUGGAUUGACAUAUGCUUGUAUUAACAUAGGUAUUCCUCUAAAACUAUGAUAGAAAUUACAAUAUUUUCAAUAAUUAUUUCUCAUAUUUUAGAAAUAGAGAAUUAUGAAAAUUAUGCAAAAAUGAAUACCCUGUUAUUAUUUUUAUCCUUUGUCGGCUUUCUCCCUCUAUUGUAUCUAUAUAAAUUUCAUCGUACUAAAUACCAUUAAGGUAAUGUCACUAAAGGAAAUGAAAAAGAAUCAGAAUCUUAGAUUGAAUUGAUUGAUAGAACAAAAUCACUUUGA